CUGCAAAGUCAACUACUUGAUACAAUCAUAUGGGCUUUGUGUGCUUCCUCUGUCACCCGCUAGGGGCAGAGUUGCAAUCGUGUUUUGCUAAGCACCGCUCUUCAAAAACCGAAGAAGUCAAGAUGGCCGCUACCACUAUGAAGAGAUCUGUAGCGGUUGAAGACGUGGUCGUCACUUUUGAAGACCAACAGAAGAUCAAUAAAUUCGCCAGAAACACAAGUCGGAUGGCGGAGCUCAAAAACGAAAUAGAGUCGAAGAAGAAAACACUGCAGAACCUACAGGAUGCCAGUGAUGAGCUCAUGAUGUUGGAUGACGACACCAGUCUGGUCUCUUACCAGAUUGGUGGUGUCUUUAUUGGUCACUCCCAGGAAGAGACACAGGAAAUGCUAGAAACUGCAAAAGAAGCCUUGGAGCAGGAGGUCAAGAGCGUGGAGGAACGAGUGUCAGAAAUCCAGCAGGUGCUGGGUGAUCUGAAGGUCCAGCUUUAUGCUAAGUUUGGUGACAACAUCAACCUGGAGGCUGAUGAGAGCUAAGCAGCCAAAUAGAUUCUGACUUUUAUCAAAAUAUGGACUUUUACUUUUUCUUCCAGCUCAUGAUGAUGCCAACAAAACAUGAACAUGGAUGUUGUACGUUUGUAGGCUCAGUGUUUACACUGAUGCAUGUGUCGGUGCUUCCAGAUUGGAAAGCAAAUUAAAGAUUUGGUUAUUAACUUAAA